AUGAGAUACUCUCACAAUAAUAAUAGGAGCUCAAAAGUACUUUCAAUAUUAAUAUUACAGAUUGUUGCAGCGGAAUCAGAUUUUGCAACACCAACCACAACACCAUCAACAUGUGAAAAUUUCAGAUGUUUUCAAGGAUUGACUUGUGUAAUGUUGAAUGGAGUAGCUACAUGUGUUCAACAACAACAACAGGGAUCUUGUAAUAACUAUCAAUGCCAACAAGGUUUCCAAUGCCAAUUGGUCAAUGGUAAUCCAACAUGUAUUCAACAACAACAGGGAUCUUGUAAUAACUAUCAAUGCCAACAAGGUUUCCAAUGCCAAUUGAUCAAUGGUAAUCCAACAUGUGUUCCAAAUCAACCACCAAAAGACUUGUGUAGUCUGGUGAUCUGUCAACCGGGAUCGCAAUGUAUCAUGACCAAUGGCAGACCACAAUGUAUUCUCUCACAGCCACCACAAGACUUGUGCAGCCUAGUGCAAUGUCAAGAGGGUGCCAAGUGUGUACUUACCAACGGUAGACCAUCGUGUGUAUUCGUGAGAAACAGUUGCGACGGUGUGCGUUGUGAGGAAGGAUCUCGCUGUGUGCUUAUCAAUGGUGCUGUUCAAUGCAUUAAGGAGGAUCAUCCAAAAUCGUGUUCCGAAUUGAAAUGCUCUGGAAAAACACCAAAGUGUAUCCUGCUCAAUGGUGUACCAACCUGUAUCGCUAUCUCACCGACACCUGAUCCAACCACUUGCACAUUGCCAUGUCCACUCGGAAAGAAAUGUGUCAUCGUUCGUGGAAAACAAACAUGCAUUGAGAAGGAACCACCUCCCCAUCCACCCUUGACUUGUGACAGAAUCAACUGUCCACCAGGUUUGAUCUGUCAAGUCAUUGCCAAUUACAGUAUUACCUGUGUUCCAGAAUUCAACACUGCAGUUACCACUAGUGGUCUCGGUUCAAUCACUCCAACCUGUGAUCAAAUCACAUGUACCAAGGGUGCAUGUGUCAUGGUUAACUACCAACCACAAUGUAUUUUGAACUUGCCAACUUGUGAUACUGUCAUCUGUCAGAGAGGUCACACUUGUUUCGUAUCCAAGAGUGGUGCCACCUGUAUCGCAACAAUGAAACCACCCAAUCCACCACCAGCAUGCUGUAAGGCAACCUGUUGUCCAGAGGAUAUGUUCUGUAUCGAGCUGAAUGAUCAACCAAAGUGUAUAUACGCCAAUCCACCACCAAGACCAGGAGGAAGUGGUCCGUGCCGUUCAGUCAAAUGUCCACCUGGAAUGGCAUGCGCCAACGUCCAAGGAGAGCCAAUGUGUACCUACGUCACCGACAGAACCAUUUGCAAGGAUGUCGAGUGUCCAUCUGGAAUGCAAUGUGUCUCAGUCAACUACGAACCAAUGUGUACCUAUGUUAUCACCGGUGGUACCGGAACCAUCAGUGGAUCGCCAACAGGAGCAUCUGGACAUUUCGGAUGCAAGUCUGAUGCUCAAUGCCCAACCCACCAGAAAUGUGUUAACGUCAAUGGUUUACUUCAAUGUGUCGCUCUACCAAGCAAACAAAUUUGUGGUAACGUCAUGUGUAUGGAACCACAAUUCUGUAGCAAUGUCAAUGGUGCCCCAGUUUGUGUAACCGAAUCAUCCACUGCGCUCUGCAGAGACAUGAAUUGUCCAGAUCCAAGUGUAUGUGCUGUCAAGGACAACGUUGCCAAAUGUGUAUUCUUAUCCGAUUACCAUGAGAACCAAGGUGGAGGUCUAUGCGCCGCAGUAUUGUGUAAUGCUCCAGCAGUUUGUGUCGAGUUCAACAAUAUGGCAAUGUGUCGUUACCCAGCCGCCGGUUUCAGAAAAGGUGUUCAACAAAUUGCCGACGGUUACAUCCUCGAACUUCCAUCCCAGAGAAAUAAGAUUCCCAUGACCAUUUACUCCAAGCCAUCGGAAUGCGACAGUGUUGCAUGUGAACUGUGGAAUGCCACUUGUAUUAUGCUCGACGGAACUGCCUACUGUGCACGUGGUGGAGAGGGUCAGUUCUCCGAUCCAAACUCACCACAUUGUCCACUGAUCAGCUGUCCAUCUGACACCACUUGCAGAGAGCACAACGGUAUCCCAUACUGUGUCAAAGUCAAUCCAUGCAAGACCUUCAGAUGUCCAAACGACCAGAGCUGUCGUGUCAACGAAGACAAUGAACCAUACUGUGCCUCACAGAAUGCCAGUGGUUGUACCGGUAUCACUUGUUCCAAAGGCUACCAGUGUCAUGACGGUAAAUGCUACCGUGACUGCAGUACAUUUGAUUGUCCAAGCCGAUUCCAUAAAUGUAUAAUGGUUAAUGGAGCAAAGAAAUAA